UCUGCCCCAACCCCACUGAAUCACAGCUAACAGGGGUAAGAGUUUAUUGAAAUCUGUUUGCAGCUUCCAAGCACAGACUACAAGGACUGGGGGGGAGAAAAGAAGAGAGAGUUUAAGUCAAGACUACGAACAUGUUCCUCCCACUCCUCCUCCUGCAGGGAGUUUUCCUCUUUGGAGUGGUCAAUUCCAUUCCAAUCUCAAGAAAGCUUUAUGGAGAAGUCAUGUCCCCCAAUUAUCCUAAGCCAUACCCAAACAACAAUAUCAGUACCUGGGACAUUUCAGUGCCAAAGGGCUACAGAGUGAAGCUGAAUUUCUGGCAAUUCGAUUUAGAGCCAUCCGAGGCCUGCCAGUAUGACUAUGUCAAGAUCAAAGCAGAUAAGAAAGACUUGGGCCGGUACUGUGGCCAAGUGGACUCAACCACUGGCAACCACCCCAGAGGAAGAGAGUUUUUGUCCACUGGGAACCGAAUGCAGCUCUUGUUCCACUCUGACUUCUCCAAUGAGGAAAAUGGCAUUGUGGUCUCCUACAAGGGAUUCCAAGCAUAUUAUCAAGCGGUGGAUUUGGAUGAGUGUGCCGUUGAACAUGGCAUUGACGAUGGACCUCGGUGCCAGCACUCCUGCCACAAUUACGUGGGUGGCUACUUCUGCUCCUGCCGGCCGGGCUACCGACUCCAGAGCGAUCGGCAUUCCUGUCGAGUGGAUUGCAGCAAUGAGCUAUUUACGGAGCUCUCUGGGUAUCUGUCAAGCCCUGGAUAUCCUCAGCCCUACCCAGCUGACCUGCAGUGUAACUACAGCAUACGAGUGGAAAAGGGGCUGACCAUCACUCUCAAGUUUCUGGAGCCCUUUGAAAUUGAUGACCACCAGCAAGUCCGCUGCCCUUACGACCAACUCAAGGUCCAAGUUGGGAGAAAAGUGAUCCAUGAGUUCUGUGGCACGGUGUCUCCAGGGAGUGUCGAAACCAACAGCCCUUCCGUAGACAUCCUUUUCCUCACAGACGAGUCAGGAUUCAGCCGUGGGUGGAAGAUCAAGUACAGCACAGAAAGAAUCCGUUGCCCACAGCCUGUGCCAAAUGAUGAGUUCACUGUCAUCAAAGACCUACAGCCCCUGUAUCAAUUUGAAGACUACUUCAUUGUCAAAUGCAAGACUGGAUAUAACCUGAUGGUGGGUGACGAGCACUUGAAAUCCUUCACCUCCGUCUGCCAAGAUGACGGGACGUGGCACCGCCCGAUGCCCCGGUGUGAAAUUGUGAGCUGUGGUGAACCUGCAAAGCUGCUCAAUGGGGCUUUUGAGUAUGUGACCCAGCCAGAUAGUAACAACUACGAGUCAUCUGUCCGGUACCGCUGCAAAGAACCCUAUUACCGCAUGGUGACUAAUACAGGGAGAGAUACUUAUCACUGCUCCGCUCAGGGUUCCUGGAAGAAUCAAGAUGACCACAAGGACAUCCCUGUCUGCCUGCCAGUGUGUGGACGGCCAGACAAUCCCAUCGCAGAAUUCCAGCGGAUUAUUGGUGGCAGCGAUGCCAAACCACGCAGCUUCCCAUGGCAAGCCCUGACUGUCAUCUCUGGGCGUUCAGGUGGGGCGUUGCUGGGCGACCGCUGGAUCCUGACAGCUGCUCACACUCUGUAUCCAAAGAGGCAAGGAAAAUCGGAGGCAACUCAGAGCCCUGAGCAGGUGGCCGAGAAGGUUGACGUCUUCAUGGGGCACACGGUGGUGACCCAACUCUUCGAGCUGGGCAAUCGGCCUGUGAGCAAGGUGUUUGUACAUCCAGACUACAACGCAACAGAGGAACUGAACUUUGAUGGGGACAUUGCGCUCAUUGAGCUGCAGGACCCAGUGACCCUCGGCCCUGACAUGCUGCCCAUCUGCCUUCCAGAGUUAGGGAGUGUUGAGUUUUACCGUCCAGGGUGGAUGGGUUAUGCCAGUGGCUUUGGCGUAGAGAAGAACAUCCUCGCUAACAAGCUGAAAUAUGCACCAAUCCCCAUCGCUGACCGGAUACUCUGUGAGAAGUGGUUGGAGACAAGGAAGAGGAAUGAGGCACCGGCCUUCACAGACAACAUGUUCUGUGCAGGUUCCCCUAUGGAAGGAAAAGACACCUGCCAAGGUGACAGUGGAGGGGCCUUGACUGUGCGUGACCCAGUGACUCAGCGUUGGGUGGCCACAGGCAUUGUGUCCUGGGGCAUCGAUUGCGGCAAAGGAUAUGGCUUUUAUACCAAAGUCAUCAACUAUCUGGAUUGGAUCAAGGACGUAGUGGGGAAGGAUUGGGCCUCAAUGCAGGUGCUUAAUUAACGUAUUGAAGGGAGUGUAAGCCAAAUUAUGGUUUAAUGAAUGAAAGCUACCACUCGUUGAAAGAACUUGCAUCUUUUUUUUCUUUUUCAUUUCUCUUACCAGAACUAAGAUAGCCAUCCUCCUGAAUAAACAAGCCACCCCCUGAAUAAACAAGUAUUGCCUUAACUUGCAGCACCACUUAUUAAAAUCCCCCUAAUCAAUCAAUCAACACUUUAGUUGUUUGAUAUACCAAUUAAACCAAAAAUAGCAAAUUUGAACCCAUAUUGAUGUUAUAAACUCCAAAAGAUUUCUGUGCUUUAACAACGGUCACAUGGAAACUUGUUAUAUUCCUGUAGGUGCUUCCAGAUGAGGCUUUUACUGUGCCAUGUCACUGCAUCAUUAACUGAAUUUUAUGAGAAGUCCAGACAAUGUUGUCUUCAAUUCGUAGGCCUCCCUUAUUUUCCCACUGCUUCUUCCAUCUUUUGUCUUACCAGGAAAAAAAAACUCUUAAGAAAAAAAGAUGCAAGAUGGAAGAACCAGGGCUUUUGAGCGUCAGCACGGGGACCCCCCUGGAAGCAGCCUGUGUCACAAUGAUCAGGAAGAAUUUUAUUUUUUGGUGGUUAAGAACAAGUUAUCAAUUAAUCAAAAUAUGUCAGGCAAUGCUGAUUUUCUGGCAGGGACGGUCAUACGCAGUAUUCUUGGGAUCAACCUUAUUCUCCCCAAAGUGGUUCAAGAGCACAGUCUCCCAGUUCUCAAUCUCUAGAAUAAAAUGGAUGCCACUUAGCACAUCAACUGAUGAAAAAAGUGGCUGGCCUGCUUUUGUGCCUUUGACAGGAGCUUUCCCCACAGAAACGAGCAGGCGAAGCUUGUCACAGCACAGAGGAAGUUACCACAUCCUAAUAUCUGCGCCUCAAACUGCUGCUAGAGACACAGCUAUAGUAGUUACUUCAAAAGCUGCCAACCCUACUUCAGUCUUGCAGAACUGACCCGGGUGGUGACGCUCAGGCUAUUGCACUGAAAGCUCCAAAGGAGAUUUGAUUAACUUUUAGUAGGUUGUCUGAAAAUUAGUUCAAAUUGCUUUACAGGCCAGGUUUGGUGAUCGGGUUAUGAGUGGAUUAUUGCUGGUUUGAGGAUAAUUAAGGGUGGGUUCACACAUGCAUAUUUCUCACUUGCUGACAACAGGAUCCAAUCCUGAAUGAUUUAAUGGGCCACCCCAGAUCUAACACCAUAGAUGGAACAUUCAUAUCCUGAUGCUUUUUGGUGGUGGCUGGUCAGAACGUCAUCAUGUGCACAGAAAUCAAGUGUUGAGAAAUCAAGUAAGAGAUGUGUAUAAACUGGUUUUAAUCCAAAUUGGUCUUUUCAUAUUCAUUUUUUCCUGUACAUUUUUAUGAUUUGCCACAUUUCAUCAAAGCCAUUUUAUUGCUAGCCUUAUUCUCUGCUGAUGUUUUCCUAAUGCAGUCUCUACUAGGUAAAGUAUGUCAGUGUAAUACUAUUGCCAAACAUAUCCAGACUUCUAAAAUAUGCCCCAUGAUUAACUGAGAGCUCCUUUGCCUCUUCUUAAAUGGUCCCCAGCGAAUUCUUUCUGUAUAGCUGUAACAUCUCUCUGCACAAUGACAUUCUACAAAUAUUAAAAUCACUGCUACACAAA